AUUAUGAGACAGACUACUGUUUCUGUCAUACAUGAUGUCUCUCUCUAAAUUCAGACGGGUCAAACGCUUUUCCUACUAUAUAAAAAAUGUAUAAGCGUCAACAAAUUGUAGCAUUCAGCAGUAUAGUUAUCAAAAUAUAAAUAUAACAUUUCACAGUGUGCAACCAUUACGAUCACAUGAUCUACAUAUUUGUCUACAUUUAAAUAGUCUACAUCAGUUGACAUGUAUAUAAAUUAUAUUAACUACAUGUAAAAAAUAUAUGUCUAAACACACUUGCUCAUAAUUAAAUUUUGUAAUGAAAUGCACACCCGUGAUCUAAUUCAAAGUGCAGCAGACUUUACCUGCAGUAUAUUCUGUGAUUUGUCUAUAAUCAACAAACAUCAUAACCUCACUUAUUUCUACAAGUGAUUGUUUAGAGCUGUUGUAUUUUAGUUGUUUCCUUGCGACAUUCAGAACAAUUACACAGCUAUCUACUAUAUAAAUUCCCAGGUCUUUACUAAAAUCAGGAGACAAUUAGAGUUGCUCAUAUUACGUAUUGGCUGCCGAAAUAAACAAGGAUGUAGAUUAUGGUUUGUCGCUGAUCAGAAACGAGAGAACAAUUAGACAUAGAACAAUGAGUGAUAAAGUAAAGAUCCUGAUUGCUGGAGAUGCAGAAGGAAAAUUCGAUGCCCUUUUUCAAAGAAUUGAGACGAUUAAUAAAAAGUCCGGACCUUUUGAUAUGUUAUUAUGUGUAGGCAAUUUUUUUGGCAUCAACAACACCGAGUUUAGCGCAUACAAAACGGGUCGUAAAAAAGUGCCAAUUCCCACAUACAUUCUUGGGCCAAAUAAAGAUGAACAUAUUCAAUAUUAUCCAAAAGGGGAGAUUGAAUUUGAAAUUUGUGAAAAUUUAUAUUACUUAGGUAAACGAGGAAUCUACACAGGAAAUCAGGGACUAAAAAUUGCAUAUUUAAGUGGUAUUUAUGGUAACACUUUGGGAAAAACCAGUUACACGGCUAAAGACGCAUCAGACCUGUACGAUAUCUGUCUGAAAGGAAAUCCGGUUUUUCGGGGGGUGGACAUUCUCCUUACAUCACAGUGGCCCAAUGGCAUAGCUGACAAUUUAGAUAAACCACAAAUAUUUUUUGGCUGUGACAUUCCUGCUUAUCUGUGCAUGAAGCUAAAACCCCGUUACAUGUUCUCAGGACUGGAAGGAUGGCAUUAUGAAAGACCUCCUUUCAGAUGUCCCGUUUUAGGGGAUCAAGACUUGACUAUGGAAAGUGUGACUAGGUUUAUUGGACUUUCUAGAGUGGGCAAUGAGAAGAAAGAAAAGUGGGUGUUUGCUAUUGGUUUAACACCAAUAAGUAAAAUGAAUGUUCAACUUUUAAUGCAAAAAACCACUGAUGAAACACCAUGCCCAUUUGACAUAAAUCAUUUAGAAUCAAAGAUAUUCGGAAUAAAACGUAAAUCUAUCUCAGCCACGCAAUAUUUCUAUGAUACGACUUCUACUAGCCAAGAACAAGAAAAGGAGAGACGGCCAAAGAAACAAAAAGUCGAAUUUGACCAGAACAAGUGUUGGUUUUGUUUGGCUUGUCCUUUAGUGGAAAAACAUCUUAUUAUAAAUGUUGCAAGCAAUUCGUAUUUGGCACUUGCCAAAGGUGGAAUGGUUGAUGAACAUUUCCUGAUCUGCCCCAUUGAACAUUAUCAAAACAGUCUGGCGCAACCGGAAGACGUUUUACAAGAAAUAAACAUGUACAAAGAGGCAGUGCAGAAGUUUUAUUCCAGAAGGGAUCAUGUGGGUAUUUUCUUUGAAAGGAAUUAUAAAACUUCCCACAUGCAAAUGCAGGCCAUUCCAAUUCCAAAAAGAGCGUUAAGAGAACUAAAACAAAUAUUUAUUGACGAGUCGGAGAGUCAAGGCUUCAAACUAACGUUGUUAGAUCCAAGCCUCCGUCUAGACCAGGUAGUGUCCGCAAAGAGCCCGUUCUUCACCGUGGAAUUUCCUGAUGGUGACGUUCUGUACGCAAAAAUCGAGAGCAAUAUGAAUUUCCCCCUGAAUUUCGGCAGAGAAGUGUUGGCUCUGGGACCAGUAUUGAACCUACCUGAAAGGGCGGACUGGAAAGAUUGCAUAGUCGAUAAGGAAAAGGAAACUGAUCUGGCUCAGAAACUGAGAACUGCUUUUGAGCCCUUCGAAUUUUGUAUUUAAGUAUGUAAGACUGAAGAACUGAAAGUGACAACAUUUUCGAAAAUAUAUGAGAUGCACUUUUUUUUCGGUGUUAUUUCCUUGUAGUUUCAUGAUUGAUGUACUGUGUGUUUUUGGAACAUAUAAAUUACAAUUUAAUCAUUGAAAACUAGGAAGAAACAUCGAAAAUUGACAACGUCCAUCCCUUAGGUUAUAAAUUCAAGUAUAAAUAUUGUCUCAUUGAAUUGAAAUUUUAUUGUUGUCCUCAAAAGUUUGUAAAUUAAUAAAAAUAAUUUUAUAUAAA